AUGGCAUCGUAUGCCCUGCUCGCAUGUGCUCACUCCGUCACCCACUGGACGGUCGCCUCCUCUGACGCCUUCUUCCUCCUGCUGGACGAGGUCAUGGCCAGACUCUGUUCGCUGGUCUUCCUGUCGGCCUGCCUGGCUGGGGUAUCAUCGGUCUCCAUCACCGACAUCCAAGGCAUCUCUUAUCUCAGUCCGCUGAACGGGCAGACCGUCAACAAUGUGACCGGCCUGGUUACUGCGAAGGCCUCAAACGGGUUCUACAUCCAAGGAGAGAGGUCCGAGGAUGUACGGGCGUCGAACGGACUCUUUGUCUUCUCCUCUUCUGCUUUGCCGCUGGUCAACGUUGGAGACUUCAUCACGCUGAAUGGACGCGUCUCCGAAUUCCGGUCGGCGACGUCGCCCAACAAUCUCUUCAUGACAGAGAUCGUCAGCCCGACCGACGUCGUCGUCCUGUCAUCCAACAACACCCUCACACCUCUCAUCCUCGGCAAGGACAGAAGUCCACCGACGCGUCUGCUCAACGCACUCGACGUCGGCCCAGAUGGCUUCCUAUCCGCACCCAACAACAGCAGCCUGAUCUCGACGACCAAUGCUACUCUUGAGCCCGACAAAUUCGGCAUGGAUUUCUGGGAGAGUCUUGAGGGCCAGCUCGUUACCAUUCCUCGCCCAACUGCCACCGGAUUCCGAAACAAUUUCGGGGAGUUUUGGGUUUAUGGUGACUGGAAGGUAACUGGAAAGAACAGCCGUGGCGGUCUGACCAUUAACUUUGGUCCAGGCGGUAUACCGGAUGGCAACCCAGAAGCUGUGAUCAUUGGAAGCCCUCUCGACAGGAGCAGCAAUCCCCAACCCGUUCUUGGAGUCCGCCUGGCUGACAUCACUGGUGUCGUCGCCUACCAAUUCGGUUUCUUCUACGUUAUUCCCUUGACUGCGCCCCAGAUCAUCUCAAGGCCCGACCCGACCAUCUCUCCAACUUCCAUCAAGUCCAGCCCGCGCGACAAAUGCUCGCUCACCUUUGGCGACUACAACGUCGAGAACAUGGCGCCGACCUCAGCGCACAUCCCUGCCAUCGCAAGCCACAUCAGCAACCUCCUCCUGACCCCCGACAUCAUGUUCGUACAAGAGAUCCAGGAUAACUCUGGCCCAACCAACGACGGGACGGUUUCUGCUAACCUGACGCUGACGGCGCUGGUCAAUGCGAUUGCGGCGGUCAGCAAUGUGACAUAUGCAUUUGCGUCGGUGGACCCUGUUGAUGGCCAGGAUGGUGGACAGCCUGGAGGAAACAUCCGGACGGCUUUCUUAUAUCGUCCUGAGAAGCUCUCUCUCGUUCCUGGAGCACCAGCUGGUGGCGCUCUCGAUCCUACUGAAGUCCAAGGGCGCUUCCUCAAGCCCAAGCUCUCCUUCAACCCAGGCCGCAUCGACCCUCUCAAUCCUGCAUGGGAAGCUACCCGCAAGCCUCUCGUGGCCCACUGGCAAACCAAAGAUGGAAAGGACCUUUUUACUAUCAACCUGCAUCUAAGCUCCAAGGGUGGCAGCAGCUCUACCCAAGGCGACGCUAGACCCCCUGUCAAUUCUCCCAUUGCAGCGCGUUCAGCUCAGGUUACCUCCGUUGCCACGUUCGUCAAAGCCAUCCUAACCAAGGACCCCUUCGCCAAUAUCAUCGUCGGCGGAGACUUCAAUGAGUUCCUCCAAACACGAUCGGUGUACCGGCCUCUCACCAAGCUGCUGACAAGUAUCGACGAAGUCGCCGGCGUCCCCGAGGUUGAGCGGUACAGCUACGUCUUCGACCAGAACGCGCAGCAGCUUGACCACGCCUUGGUCUCGGACGCGAUCAAGUUUCGCAGGGCCCAGUUCGAGCACGUCCAUGUGAACACCUGGUCGCCCUCGUUGAGCGCUAGAAUUAGUGACCACGACCCCAGUGUUGGACGCAUUCGUCUCUGCUAA